UUGAUUUCGCCGGCGCGUCAAGACUCCUAGGUCUACCGGUUAUAACCAGCACUCAGCCAUCUUUAUCAACACCCGGUGUUUUGGUAAUAUAUAGAAACACAAGCUCACCUUGUCGAUAAUGUCUGACGUAUUCGUGGCCCUUCCCCCAGCGACUGCGGGUGGUAACGUGAUCUUCGGGAAAAACUCGGACCGACCACCCACGGAGGUGCAGGAGGUUGUCUAUGUCCCUGCUCAGGACAAUGCGGCAGGCAUGAAGCUCAAGUGUACAUUUCUGGAUGUGGAGCAGGUGGGUCACACGCACUCUCUAAUCCUCAGUAAACCCACCUGGAGCUGGGGAGCAGAGAUGGGAGCCAAUGAGCACGGGGUUUGUAUCGGCAAUACGUCUGUCUGGACCAAGCUGUGUAGUCAAGGAGACCAGGGGAAGAAGCUGAUUGGUGCAGACUUUGUCAGGCUUGGCCUCGAGCGUGGCGACUCCGCUAAAGGCGCCCUUGACAUCAUCACCUCCCUCCUGGAGAAGUACGGUCAGUCGGGGCCCUGCUGUCAAGAGGAAGCCUUCAGUCAGUGGACUUACCACAACAGCUUCAUCAUCGCCGACCGCCAGGAGGCCUGGGUGUUAGAGACGGCCGGUCAGCAAUGGGCAGCCGAACAGGUCACCAACGGUGUGAGGAAUAUAUCUAAUGCGCUGUCCAUUUCCACAAAAAUCGACGCGAUGUCCCAAGGUUUGCUGGAGACGGCUCAAGAACAGGGAUUCUGGAAACCCGAAGAUGGAGAGUUUGAUUUUGCGAAGGCGUUUUCGGCGGAGUACUCCGGCAUGACGCUCACGGACGCUCAAAAACCCGAAAAUAGAUUGCAGAGCGGGAAGGGACUCAUGGAAUCUUUGUCCAGAGAUGGAAGCUUUUGUCUGGAGAGUAUGUUUUCAGUCUUACGUGAUGUAAAUAGCAGUAUAAGUUUCCAUGGAGACAUAGUGACGACCGCCAGCCAGGUGUCUGUUCUCACACCACGUAGUUCCAGUGUCCCGUGUUCUCACUGGCUGACGGCGACCCCUGACCCCAAUUUGUCUGUUUUCAAGCCGUUUGUCUUUUGCCCAAAUCCUGUGAUAGGGAAGGGCACUCUAUCCGGCAUCGAGGCUGGUUCGCAGGAAACCUCAGACCAGCGCCACCUACUUUACAGAAUGCACGAGAAAGGGAGGAAACUUAUGGCGGAAGGGUCUCCACAAGGCCAGAAGCUGCGAGAAACAAUGCAACAUCUGGAAAACGAAUGCAUUGAAGACGUGCAAGAAUUCCUUAAAAAUUUCAAUGAAGCCAAAUAUCCAGAAAUCGUCGAUUUGUUUAAGGACGUCGUCGACACCGAGAUAAAAUUUUACAAGUGAUUUGAAUUCCAAGCAUUAAAUAUUUGGUGAAAUCCGUCAGCUUUAUGCGUGCGGACUGCAAUGUAAACUGUGAAUGCUCUAUAUACAUAUAUCUAUAUCUCAGGUGAAUUGAGAUUUAAAAUUGUAAAUUUUUUGGAGAAAUUGCCAUUUUCGUGCUUUGGUUUUUUAUGCAUCGUGUAUGGAAAUGUACAUUUGAUGUAUUCGUCAUUAAUAGUUGUAUUGUACGUAUAGCCCCCAACAUGCCUCCAUGAUGAAGCCAAUAUGGCUGCUUAAAAGUAUGGCUUGGUAUGUUUGAAGAUGUAUGUAUUUUCCUGAGUCAGUAAACUAUACAACUUUAUUUGCGCAAAUCUUACAUACACGCUCAAAACAUUCUGACCUAAAUAAUUCCUAUACAGCUGUACUAAUUAUCAUUAUUAUUGCUAUUAUUAUUCAGCUUAUCCAUUGCUACGAUUGUGGUGAUGAUAGUGGUGGUGGUAAUGUUUAAGUUUAUUACACUCGAAAAAUAAUCUCUUAGUUUUAACAGAAAGUCUGUUGUCUGAGUGAUGCUAGCAUGUAUUCUGUUGUUAUAACAUAAUACUGUUAAAUUUAACAGAUUAUUUUUUUGAGAGUAUUAUUAUGUAUUAUUAUUGAGGACCAUAUAAUUCAAUGUAAAACAUUGUUGUACGAUAUAUACUUGUAUAUGUCUAUUGCAUGAAGCAAAGUCUGGCGAUAUGUUAAUAAAUAUACUUCCGAGUUACAUUUUAGUUUAAAUUUUAAAAUUAAACUUCUGUCUCUUUGGGCUAAGAGCAAAUAUAGUUGGAAAAGUGUUACUGAUAUACGAUCUAAAAGAGAGGAAACUUAAUUCAGAAUAAAGCGGGAUUGGUAAGGCUUAAGACAGGAAACCAGUUCUGAGUGUGGUUGUAUUUAUGGCUCCUAAGAGGAAACCAAAUCGAAGCAUAAGGCGAUGCCUUAAGAGAUGAAACCAAUUUAUGAGUUAAACAUAUAGAUGUGAACCUGAACAUUUUCCUUACUCGAAAAGCAAGUCCGAUAUCCUCUGUAUCUUCAAUAAAACGAUUGAAAAAGCGUUAGUACAUUUUACGGCUUAACUUCAAGAAAAAUUCUAUACUCGUCACAAUCUUGGUUAUUUAUAAAAAUGUUGAUUCUAUUCGCGUCACCAUUAUUUUAUAAUUAUAUAUGUAGAGAAAAAAAUUUUCUCCAAAAAAAAAAGUGAAGUGUUAAUCUGAAUCAGUAAUCGGUUACCGGUACUGAAAAAAAAACAAUAUAUAGGUUUAAAUGGCGCUAAAAGUUUACAAUAAAAAACAAAAUCGUUUUAAUACGGUACACGUGACAUUAUAUGUAUUUUAACGUUAUUCAGAUAGUUUGACAUGUUGUACCUACUUUUAUUUACAACCUUCAUCAAAUCAAAUCUGGAAGGGUUAAAUGUAUUUCGCAUUUUUAGUUUUUUUUCUUUACUGAAAUGAAAGUGGACAUAUUUAAUGAAAGGUUGUGGCUUAGUACUUGUUCCCAUUGUCCGUUUAAUUUGCUUACCUUAACAACGUUUUACUCAUAUAUUUGUCUAAUUCCUUGAAUUUGUUUCACCUAAAAGAGGUCUUCUUUCACUUCCUUUUGGAAAUGUUUUAUUUGGCUGUGAUAGGAAUGCAUUGUGAUAUAGUUAGGUGCGGCGUAUGCUGAUAUCGAACAUUCGAUUAACUAUAUGGAGUUUUCUGAUUUUUUAUAUUGCUUUUAAUUGUUUACUGAUAUCCUGAUUAGUUUCUGGACUUCAUAUUUCAUGAGUAAACAUGAGAUAGGCCUAUUUUGGCGAAUGUGAGUUGGGCUGAAAUGUCGUCGCAAGGUACAGGGGAGGUAACUCGACACACUAUUGCAUCCAGAGUGACUUUCCCGCAUUAGUUAUGCAUGUAAAUCUAACGUAAAACGCUGUAAAAAUGUACCGUAUGGGAAUUCGUCCGAUAUCUUCUCGAGGUGUAGCGAUAUGUGUGUCGUAGACAAUGGAGCUCGCAAAUUAAUAUCUGUUUGUGUAUGGUUUUUUUUUUAUUUCUUUUUUUUAUAUGGUUAAUUUUUUUAAUUUGUCUUUCUUGAACACAGAUUUGUCACGCUUCAAAAUAGAUGUAUUAAUCGGUAGGCCUACAUAUUCGUGUCCAAACAAUGUAUCGCUAAUGUAUGUGACCGCAGUGCUAAACACGCAAUGUUAUUUAUUAUUAAUAUGAAAGUGAUAUCCGGUGCCCUAUUAGCAAUUAUACCAGCUGUAUCAGCACGGUUUGCGCCCCACGGCAUUUUUACAUGUAUAGACUGCAUCUCGGCCUAUGCCGCAAGUUAAUGGUGAGCCGAAGUUGACGCUUUGUAACAGGCUGGUGUUCAGCAUAUGAAUGCUGGUAUGGAUGUAUGCAUAUUUGCCUACGUGCGGCUUUGAUGUACAUGUCAUAAA